CGUCGUCUCUUAAAGCGUCAGGAGAGAUACGAGUAGACAACAGACGAAGCAGUAGCGUGUUUCUUUCUUACUAGACACAUAUUUUAUUUGAAAACGUCUAGCCUGCAUUCACAACAGAGCAGCUUAGUGUGGAGACUCAAAUGUAAAUGCAAAAAUAAAAAAAUAUUAGCUCAGUUGAGGAGACAGGCGCAGUUUUGAUUAUCGGUGACUCGAUGGCGCCAUCUUGUGUCCAGUCCCGUUGAUGUUGCAGUGGGAGGAGACUGACGCUCUGUCCGGAGAGGCUGAACUUCAGACGGUGAAGUAAAGAUCAGAUGUUGGCCGGCGUGCCCUGUCAAAUUUGGAUUCACUCAAGUCGAUAUACAACUUGCGAUCUCUGGGCAGACUACAAACCUAAUGACAACACUACUGAGUUCAUGAUGGACAGGAAGCAGUGUAUUGUGAAGUUGUUGGUCCAGCCGUCCAGAGGACUUGUGGAUGAGAAGUUUAUCAUCCUGGUCCAGAAGGCCCCGCCUGGUUACCAGCUGACCAUCCACGCUCUCCACAAGUGUGAAGAUGGACACAGCUGGGAGGCUUUUGGUCACUACACUGCCGACACCACAGGGACUGUUAAUGUUUCAGAGGAUCCCAGUCUGGGUGGGACAUAUUCUGGGGUUGAACAGAUGGGUCUACUGUGGAGUCUCAGACCUGUUCCAGGCAGCAAACCUGGACUCAGGUUAAGGAAGAUGAAUGUCCAGAUUCCCAUGGAGGUCACAAUAUCAGUGUACCAGGGUCACCAGACUGAGGGCUUCAUGGAUCAGGUGCCACUGGCCAGUGUGGUGGUGGAGCGCUGGUACAUGGCGCCCGGCGUCCGCAGGAUCCCGAUCACAGAGGACGGCCUCACUGCGACCCUCUUCCUGCCUCCAGGACCAGGACCUUCCCCCGGCCUCUUAGAUCUGUGGGGUGGUGGAGGGCAGUUGGUGGAGUACCGUGCGUCUCUGCUGGCCUCUCACGGCAUCGCCUCCCUGGCCCUCGACUACCUGACACCUAAAAUCACCAAGCAGACUGGGAAGAUGGUUGACCUCCAAUACUUUGAGAAGGCCUAUAAAGUCCUGGAGCAGCAUCCUCAGGUCAAUGGCAGCAGGAUCGGCAUGUUGGGUCUGUCCUUCGGUACUAGCAUAACCUUCAACAUGGCUGUAUACUCCAAAGUUAUGAAACUCAGGUGUGCGGUGUGCAUUAGUGGGAGUCAUGUGCAGCCAGUCAAUGGAUCUAUGGAGGAAAUGCUCAUGAACCUAUACAGAAACCCUGACAGGUUUCAUUUCAAUAAGGACAACGAGGUCAUCAGUCGAGCUAUGCUGCUGCCAAUCCCCACUGAACCCUCACUCAAAGUGGAUAUGGGACGACUCAAGUGUCCUCUGUUGCUGGUACUAGGUGAGGACGAUCAGAGCUGGCCCGUCACUGAGUCUGCAAUGGAUAUAAAGGAAAUGAUGGAGCAGGCGGGGAAUAGCCACCUGCUGACCGUCCUGUCAUAUCCAAACGCCGGUCACCUGAUUGAACCUCCAUACACGCCGCACGCCAGAGCAACUUUAUUCAGAAAUUUGGCAACCCAAGAGAAGGUGAUGGUUCUGUGGGGCGGAGAGACAGUGGCACAUUCUCACGCUCAGGAAGACGCCUGGAGGAAAUUGCUGGUCUUUCUAAAGGAGAAUCUGUACAGUGGCACAAACUCUGGUGCAACUUUACUGUCCCACCUAUAACCAAGGCAACAACUAAUGAAGAGAGUAUCAGAGGUUUAGGAUGUAAAAGUCAAUUGGUAAAAAUCAAUCCGCAUCAUCCGCAUUGAAGGGUUUCUAGUUUCAAAUCACAUGAAAUAUGACAUGACAUGAAGGCCUUGAUAACUGUAUGUUUUUUAUCUUUAAUACAGUUGCUCUCUGUUUGUAUUUCAUCUUUUAACUCUGAACUCACAUAAUCACAUUACUCACUCACACAGUAGGCUGUUGAAUCACAUUCCAUUCAAAACUGAGUUAGGCAGAGUGUCAUUUUCUUACAGUGCCUUAAACCACAUGAGAACUUCCUGGUUUUACAUGAGUGACACUGUCAGGUGGAGUACUACAACUGAAAUUAGUCUGUGGAAACAUGUAGUUUCCUUUUAAAAACAUCAAUCUGAAUUUAAAGGGAAAUGUUGAAAAUAUUUCAAAUUUCAGAGGGCUUUAAUUGAGAAAUUCCACAUCAGAACUUCCUGUUUUACACAGUGACUCUCUGAGGUGCAGUACAAUCAGUCUGAAGUGAAAUUAGUCUGUGGAAACAGGUAGUGUUCUUUUAAAGUAAAUAUGAAAUUAAAGGGGAAUACUAGCAAAAAUCUCAAAUUUCAGAGGGCUUUAAUUUUGAAAAUCCACAUCAGAUCCUCCUGGAAUUAUCUGAGUUCAACCCUGUAGUUGAGUACCUUUAGUCUGAAGUGAAAAUAGUCCAGGAAAUAGGCAGUUUCCCUCCAAUAUCAAUCUGAAUUUGAGGAAAAUAUUGAAAAAAAUGUGCCAAUUUGGAGGGCGUUAAUUUUGAAAUUGCACAUUAGAACAUAAUGGAAUUAUCUGAGUGACUUGCUGAGGUGGAGUACUAUCAGUCUGAACUGAAAUUAGUCUGUGGAAACAAGGAGUUUCCUCUCAGCAUGAAUCUGAACUUUAGGGAAAUAUUGAAAAUAUUUGACUAUUAAGUGGGCUUUUAUUUUGAAAUUCCUCAUCAGAAACUCCUGCUGUUAAGUAUUCACACAGAUGAGAUGUCAUGGCUCCAUCUGCUAAGGCUUCAGUGUGAUCAGAAUUAGGAUGGCAAAUGAAUUAAGUAAAUAAUCAAUGAAUUCAUUCCUUAAAUCCUCAAUUAAUUUACUAAUCAUUUAAUUAAAUCAUCAAUCAGUUAACAGACUGAUUGAAUUUGUGUGAAAUUGCAGAUUGCCUACAUAAAUCUCUGAUUUUAUUUUGAAUUAUGUUCUGGCACUGCAUUACCAUAAUAUCAACUAUAUCCAAAUCUAACAUGGAAAUUUGGAAAUUUGAACAUGGAAAUUUGAAAGGAGAAUACAGAGUAAAGUUGUCAUUUUUUUCCUUUGUGUUACACAACAGGAGGUAUUGUGUAAGUCAGUGUUAAAAAAUAACCAUGUUUGAACUAAAAUUGUUAACAUUGUCAGGGCAAGACCAUUAAAUCACAGACAGUUUGUUGCACUUUUGGGGAAAUAGAGACUGAACACAGUAAUAUAGGCCAUUACACAGUUGUCGGGUGGCUCAGCCUAGAGAAAGUGGUUAGAGGAGUAUGAGAUCAGAAGAGAUUCAAGAGUUCUGUGUGAGCAAAGGGAAUGAAAUCCCACAGCUAUUUGCAAAAGAUUUACAAAGACCCUCUGUGUUUCGAGAUAUCAGCCAUGCAUUUUGGGUAACCAAUAUAAGCCUUUUGACUACAGAUGCAAAAUUGUAUAAAUGUAAUGAUUGUCUACUGCUUAGAGGUGCACUAUGUAGUUUUGCCAAAAAAAUAAAUACAUCAGGAGAUAUCUGACAUCUUUA